UGUCUUUUUAACAGCAGCAACAUCGAGUAGAACGAGACGAGGAGCCGAGAUACGCAGUGAAUAUUUUAAAAAAUGGCUGCGGUCCUAGAUGAAGUCGGCAAGCCCACUAUUAAAUUAGUUGACGAAGAACCAGAAGAUAUUGUUGAUGAUGAAGAUGAGAGCAGUCCUGUCGAUGCUGCUAAAAAAAAGAAGAAAAAGAAAAAGAAGAAGAAACCUUCUGGAGAUACUGCUGCAGUAGACGGAGCGAACGAUAAGAAGGAGGACGAUAAUGAAGAUGCUGAUGCUCCAGGGAACGCGGAAAAUGAAAUAGAGACAGAAGAUGUAAAGAAGAAGAAGAAAAAACGUAAACCACGUGGUAAAGGCGCCAAACAACAGACAGAUCCACCGAGUAUACCAAUUGGGGAUCUGUAUCCAGAUGGUAAUUUCCCAGUAGGACAGAUAAUGGACCACCCUUCGGCAGCAGGAAUAGAUGACAGGACAGCUAAAGACAGAUUUUCAAGCGAAGAAGCUCGUGCACUUGACAGAAUGCACAAUGACAUUUACAACGAGGCGAGACAGGCUGCCGAGGCACAUCGACAGACGCGUAAGCACAUUAUGAAGUGGGUUAAACCCGGGAUGACGAUGAUAGAAAUUUGUAAUGAGCUUGAAAACACUGCGAGAAAAUUAAUCGGCGAAGACGGUCUGAAAGCCGGGCUAGCAUUCCCGACAGGUUGCUCGCGAAAUCACUGCGCGGCUCAUUAUACACCAAAUGCUGGUGAUCCAACGGUACUCGAGUACGACGACGUGACUAAAAUUGAUUUCGGUACCCACAUAAACGGCAGAAUAAUCGACUGCGCUUUUACUUUGUCAUUUAAUCCAAAGUAUGAUAAGCUCAUUGAAGCUGUACGUGAUGCAACAAAUACGGGAAUAAAAGCUGCUGGUAUUGAUGUACAGUUGUGUGAUGUCGGUGCCGCUAUACAGGAAGUCAUGGAGUCAUAUGAGGUCGAAAUUGAUGGUAAAACUUAUCAAGUUAAAUCAAUUAGAAAUUUAAACGGUCAUUCUAUUGCGCCUUAUCGUAUUCAUGCCGGAAAAACUGUACCGAUUGUACGCGGAGGUGAGGCCACACGUAUGGAGGAAAACGAAUUUUAUGCCAUUGAAACUUUUGGAUCUACUGGUAGGGGUAUUGUACAUGAUGAUGCUGAUUGUUCCCAUUAUAUGAAGAGCUUCGAGGCCGGUUUUGUGCCAUUGAGACUGCAGAGCAGUAAAUCACUUCUAAAUACCAUCAACAAAAAUUUCAGUACUCUGGCAUUCUGCAAACGUUGGCUAGAUCGUGUUGGCUGCACUAAGUAUCAAAUGGCAUUGAAAGAUCUCUGCGAUAAAGGGGCCGUCGAGGCUUAUCCACCGCUGGUUGACAUCAAGGGCUGCUAUACCGCCCAGUUUGAACAUACCCUAGUAUUACGUCCCACUUGUAAAGAAGUUAUUUCACGUGGCGACGACUACUGA